GGAAGGAACUGCUUGACCAGACCUUUCAUGAUGCUUCAAUGAUUCAAAGCUUUGAAUCCUUGCCUCGGCUUAGUGUUGAAGUCGUCAUACAAAGAGGGCUCACUUAGCUGAUGAAUUCGCUUAUCACUAUCAGCCACGCUCACCAUCGAGCAGUAGACUAUAAGGAAUUGAUCAAGGUCUUAAAUGAUCAACUAGUGGAUGCCCAAACUAAAGUGGAGACUUUAACUUCCUCGGAAAAGGAUCUCAAAUCUAAGGUGGAGCAGGCAGAGAAAACCGUGGCUGAGCGGAAUGAGUCUCUUAGGGGGCUGGCUGACGAGAACCAAAAGCAAACUCAAAUCAACAAGUCGUUGACUGAUCAGCUAGAGAAAUUGACUCAUGAGAACAAGGAGCUAAAGCGAGAGAAAGAAGCUGAUCUUGCUCGCUACGAGGAAAUUUGCUUCAAUUGCUUUUACCAGGUGUGGAAGCUGAACAAGCCUUUUAACCUCGACUUUCUCACAGAGGAGGCCAAGGCAAAAGAGCUUUCAAAAUGUGAGGCAAAGGCUGCUGAGGAGGCAGCUAAUCCUGCUGGUACCACACCUUUUUCCCCCACGCUAUCAUUCCAACCGGAAGAAGCAACUGAUGCUGAGGAAGGGGUUGAUCAACCUGACCAGGGAGCCUCAUAGCCGACCAGUGAGCCUCCAUCCGACCAGUGAGACUCCAUCCGACCAGCUGACUCCUUAGCAUACUAGUAGACCUUUAUUUUUUAUUUUGCUACUGACUUCACUUUUUUAGACUUAAUCAUUUAAAAGUUUUAUUACAUAG